AUGAAUACUGUUUGAGAUUGUAAAUGCACGCAUUAAUUAAUGCUUUACGUCGAGAUUGAACAAUCUUAGUGUCAAGAUCGUAUUAUUAGAUUUGGGCAGCGCAAUCUUUACGCGCUUUGUAAGUCUCGCGCUAUACUAUCAUAUUUCGCGCUUUAUGAAUUCGAAUUAGCGCGCGUUAUCAUGCGCAUCAACGGUCUCAUAACUAUCAAGAGACACGGUAGUGUCUCGGGUGUCAAGUGAACCGAGAACACUGUCGUGUGACUUUAUGCGAAUCUGUCAGUAUUACGCAAGAGUACGCGUGCUGGCACCGAAUCGCGUCGGCUAAUUCAAAGUGGAGAAACCAAUUAGCGCUUGACUUCACGAGACCGAUAAAUAAUAACAAACUAUUAUUUUAACAAUUUUAAUGGGACAAUAAAUUCUGGAUUGUUCUUUUCACCAUAACAACGAAAAUUGUGUAAAAAAAAACCAACAAUCUAGAAUAUUGUCCGUAUAAAAGGAGUGGCAGUCCACCGGUACUGUUUGAGUUACACAGUGAGUUGAUGUUCGUGUGGGCGUUACCCAUACUCUAAAGUAGCUUGCUCGAAAAAAGAAAUAUUUACACUUGCUGCGAUAUCUGAAGUAAAAAUUUGCAUUCGCUACCAACAAUGUCUGAAAUAAUUAUACGAAAAGCCAGACGUGAGGAUUGUCAGGCUAUCAUAACGCUUAUACAGGAAUUGGCAGAUUAUGAGAAGAUGCCUGAUGGACCGCAAAUUGAUCACAAGACUUUAGAAAGAGAUGGUUUCGGUGAACAACCAUUAUAUUUCUGUAACGUGGCAACGAGCGAUGAGAAGAUCAUAGGCUAUGCUAUUUUUUAUUACGUUUAUUCCACAUGGUAUGGAAAGUCUAUGUAUUUGGAGGAUCUCUAUGUGAAACCAGAUUUUCGAAGAAAACAUGUUGGCACGAAGCUUCUGAAAGCUGUCGCAAAAGACGCAAUUGAGAGCGAUUGUAACAAAAUGGACUUUGUUGUAUUAAAUUGGAACCCAGCGCAAGAGUUUUACAAGAGGCAUGGUGCCUGUGAUCUAACGGUCGAGGAACGGUGGCAUUAUUAUCGCUUCAACGAAGCAAAUUUAAAAAAGUUGAUAUCUGAUUCAUGAAAAUGAAAAUCAAAAUGUAUUAAUUAAUGAUAAUCACUUUAUAUACAUACGUGUAUAUAACGUAUCUAAACAUAUUUCAGACUUAAUAAAAGUUUAAUAAAGAAUUUUGUUAACUUCUC